CGGCGAUUUUGGAAUGUAACAGUUGGGUUCGAAAAAGUACUAAAGUACUAUAGGAUAUCGAGGAUAUCGGCGGUCAUUUCCAGAUAG